AUGGCUCAGAAAAAACCAGAAAUAUUUACUCAUUUAACUAAAAAGUUGUCAUUCGGCACAUAUGCCGUUAGGUGGAUACCUUCUUCAGCCAAAUUUGUAGUCUUAGGGCAGCACCCUAGAGGCACUGGCUUAUUUCAAGUUUAUGAACUUGAUGAACAAGAAAUAGUAUUAGUUGAAGAGCGUGAAACCGGAGGCGCACUAAAAUGUGGAACUUUUGGUGCAUCAAGCCUUAAUGCGCGACAUUUGGCAACUGGUGACUUUGAUGGACGCCUUGCUCUAUGGGAUCUUGAACAUACUGAGGCGCCAGUAUUUUCUAUCAAAGCUCAUUCUAGUAUUAUUAACGAUAUUGCCGGAUGUGGCGGAUCCAUUACAUCUUCACAUGGUCCACCAGAAUUAGCAACUGCAAGCAGAGACGGAACCGUCAAAAUAUGGGAUAUUAGACAGAAGAAUCAACCUGUCGUUAAAAUUGGUUCGGCCGAAAAAGCAGGUGAUGCUUGGUGUGUUGCGUUUGGAAACGCGUGGAAUAAUGAAGAACGAGUAGUGGCAGUUGGUUAUGACAAUGGAGAAGUAAAAUUAUUUGAUUUAAAGGCAAUGUCGAUAUUAUCGGAAUUAAAAAUUCCAUCUGGGGUCUCUUCUUUGGAGUUUGAUCACCAAUAUACAAAACUCAAUAGGUUAACUAUUGGCUCCCUUAAAAACAUACACGUGUUUGAAAUCAUCGAUCAGAAUAAGCCAAAACCGUUAAGCAUCGGAGUACAGGCAAGCAAAGAAGAUGAAACAAUUUGGUGUAUUCGUCAUGUUCCCCAAGCGAUAGAUUUUUUUAUGUCUUCGACUAGUUCUGGAACAAUCAAUCUGUAUCAGAUAAAAAGCAAAUCAUUGAAGUUGAUGGCUAGCGCAAUUGUAACGGGGCAACCUGUGGCGUCUAUUGACUGGCAUAUAAAUAAAUCCGGAUUAUUGGUUUUUACGUCAUUCGAUGGGACGGUCGGUGUGAACAUAGUUACUAAUAUCUGA